CAAACCUUCUGUGCGAGAAGAGGAGCACCUGGGAGGUUAUCCAGAGCCAUCCAGACAUUACUGGCACAUCUUCGGCUCCUUCAACUUCACCGACCUUCACCGUGAAACAGUUAAAAGCACAAACGACAGGAAACAAGCUUGUAUUCCUUCUAGACGUCACUCCGCCAAUGGGAAUAGGUUCAGACACAUGGAAUUAUCUGCGUGAUUCGGUGAAGGAGUUCAUCCUAGUAGAGGCAACGGAUGGGAUGCAGGUGGGCCUCGUGAGCUUCACAAACACAGCAACUAAAGUGUCUGACCUCGUCACGCUUGAUACUCCAAGCAACAGGGAAUCACUGGCGGGGAAAGUACCCAAUUUACCUACGGAAGACACUCAAACCAAGAAUGUGGCUGCAGGAAUAACCAAAGCUAAAGAGGUAUUGGGUGGUGAAGGUAUGGUGAUACUGGUGACAGAGAACAUGAAAUCCCACUCGGAAGACCUGGUCGCAGCUGCCGGUGGCACUCCUGUUUGGCCCGUCCUGUACCCGCAUCUCAUUGAGGUUUCCUAUGCCAGUUAUCAGAGCCUUGCCGAUGCCAGUGGCGCGUCUGUGUUCCCUAUUGAAAAUAAUGUAGUUGAUGUUGGUGCUGCUAAUAUUCAGUCUGUUGACAACCGUGUGGCUCUCAGUCGAUGUCUCCUGGAUAUCCAAUAUCAGACGCAAGGCGAUUCACUACAGGAGAUUGUUAGUAGUUCAUGCGCUGGCAAGGAGUGCCAGAUAAGCCUAGAAGUACCAACGAAUACCAACUAUCAACAGACCUUUCACAUCGAAGUUUAUUUUACUAGAUACGAUAACUCAAACCUCAAGAUAACAGUUCGAGACCCAGCGGGCACUGCCAUUGGUAAAUCAUUUAGCCAAGAGACGGGCAUAAUUUACACAGGAUCUGCUUCACAGGUUGGUGGUACAUACACUGUUGAUGUAUCCAAAGAGGCAAAUUUUAUGGAUGUGAAGUCCUCGCUACUAGCGACCUUGCAAACAGAGUCAGGUGGAUAUGACAUUAAGCUUUGGUCAUCCCUUGACCUCCAACACUUGGAAUACACGUCAAACUCAGCCCCAACACUCUUUGCUAUGGUGGGUGACGGGGACAGCCACGUGGUUGAUGCGAGCGUCACUGCUACAGUCACGGACUCAGCCCAGAACACCGCCGUCCUGGUCAUGCGCGAUGAUGGCACAGGAGCCGAUGUCACGGGCAACGAUGGCGUGUACUCGGCCUACCUUAUAGGCCUAUCUCAG